CAUACUAGUCUAAACCAAAUAGUAGUAACAAUUUGAGGGGGCUUAGAGUGCAUUUCUCAAUUCUCAAUAAACAAAAGUGCCAUCGUCGAUUAUGAAUGUGUCGAGCUUCGGCCGCCAUCAACAUCAAAGAAUUCUCUGUGUUCUCAUUUGAAUUUUGAGUUGCAAAAUCAUGAAUAUUUCCGGCGCUAAUUUGCGCGAAACCACUCAGUCUAUAGUGCUCAGAUCUACUGAAGAAAAGGAUGGAAUUCGGGCUGAUUCCGAUUUUGCCAGAAUCGAGGAGUUGAUUAAAGGCAACACUUUUACUAGGGAGGAAAUCACUCAUUUGAUGGAGAUAUUAAAUUCAAGGGUGAACAAGGAGGAGGAGCAAAAAUCAAGCAGUAAUUCUCAAGGAGAUGCUCAACUGAUUCCAUGGAGGCCUGAGAUACUUAAAACACCUUCUGAAGGGAGACAGGAAUAUAAGGAGAGAACUGUGAUUGGUUAUUCUUGUGAAAAGUCAGAUGUUCCUGGUGUUAGUGCUUCCCCAAUUGAUAUUGCUCGUGCAUACAUGGCUCGUCGUACCACUGAAGAAGGCCAAGAUCUUCAUAAUUCCAUUUCUAAAGGUGAAAGAGCUCAACCAACCAAUGAGUUUGCAAGAAAGCCGCUACUUUUUCCAUCACCUUCACCUAAACCAUCCAUAUGUUGGCCUGGGUCUGUGGUGCACACUCGUCAUGGUUAUACUACACCCCAGAGUCAGAGGGGGAGGAGUAGGCUUCAAGAUUUUCCUAGAACCCCCUAUUCUAGAACCAUAUUUUCAAAGCCCAAAACCAAGAUGCAAGUUGAUAGUCAGUAUGCAAACACAUCAACUCCCUUUCGACAACCUCAGGCAUCCCCCUAUGAGCAGGUGAAAUCGAGGGGUGUGACGGUUGAUGCCUAUGGUUCUGUGGGCCCUAUUCGGCAUAUCAGGAAUAAAUUUGCUUCUGAAGUCCGUCCACGAGGAUCUAUUUUCCUGAGUUCGCCUAAAGAAAUUCCUCCUAAAGCGCCACCAACCCAAGAACUUGGAGGUUUCUUACCUAGUGCAGAAAUGGAUAUUGUACCAGCUGAAACUGGUGGUGUAUCUAAAUACUUGUCAGGGGAUAAUGUGUCACGUCCCUCUGAUAGAGGUACAUCAAGCACAAAUUUAUCUGCUAGUCAGGCAGCUAGGAAAGCACUAGAAUUCCUCGAUAGAAACAAUCCCACCCCUAAACAGAAAGAAGCCGAAUUGAAGUUGGUGACUGCAUGGGGAUCUUCUCCUGACGCCACUGAUGUCAGUAACGUAGAAAAUAGAAGCUCAGCGCAUGAAGACCCUGCUUCUCACAAGAACACUGAUAUAUUGGGCCCAAACUUCCCUGUGGAAGUUAACAAAAGUAGCAACAAGUUCAAAUUUUUAGGAAAUUCUCAUGCCAAAGGAGUGAAUGAAGCAAGAGACGAAGCCACAGGAAUCGCUAAAGCUUCUAGCUCAAUUUUUACUGGCUCUUCGAACAGCACACCUGGUGCUGAUGCAAUGCCUGUUUUCGGUCUUAAAAGAACUUCUGGUCCUCAGGCCCAAAAUUGGAAUAAGAAUGCUCUUGCCACAACUAAUCAUAGACAGACUGAGACAGGUUCACAGUUUUCUCUUCCUCCUCUAAGUAAUGGACAGGAUGCAAAGACAACAACUGAAGCAGAGCCUUUAAAGAAUCACGGGACAAAACCUUCAUUGGCGUCAAUUUUUACCAACAGGGCUCCAUUACGUGCAGCUUCCUUGGACAAUGGACUGGGGUUCACUUUCCCUGUUUCUGCCUCUGCAGGUGUGCUCUCAGAACCGCCAACACCUUCUAUCGUCCCAUCUUCUUCAGCAAGUGUGACGACCCAACCAAGCGGUAUGCCUAGUAUUCCUUCCUACAGUUUUGGCACUAAUAAGUCAGCACCAAGCGUUGUUUUCUCCUUUCCGUCGACAAGCAGUGCUUCAAACCAUGAUGAUUCUGAUCUUAAAUUUAGUUUUGGAUCAGAUAACAAGACUAGGUUGUGUUUUAGCUCUUUUGGAGAAGAUUCCAUUUGCUAUUAACCUGCAGGCAUUUACAUUUAGAUAUAUGAUUGACCUUUCUAUAUUUUGGAUUGGUAUAACUCAUCUAGUUUUCUUUCCUUCACACAUCAUGGAAAUAUGAGAUGAGUAAUGCUAGUUAUCCCCCCUUUUUUUGUUUAAAUAUCUGUUCCAUUCCGGGUGCGAAAAUGUGCAAUUGACAAAAUUCUGUAAUAACCAGAUGAGCACUGCAAAUGACAUUACAUUACA